GACUAUCUCGCUCAUGAAAGCUUUAGUAAAAUUCUAUUUUACUGAGAGUGUUUCUAGAACGUCCUCUGGCUCCCCCUGGCGGGCAAUAAAGCAGUGGCGGACCGAUUUCCCAUGAUCCUCAGCUGCGGCUUUUUUAAACAUGGAUGAAGAAGAGAGAAAAAUGGAAGGAAAUCUGUGGACAGAGCGUGAGAAGGAUAAAGAGACAUCAUGUGCGAGAAAUCGUGAUGAGGCAGAUAAUGCGGACAUUGACUCGAAACUGGAUGUGAGUUCGGAUCAGUUUGACCCCCUGCUGGCGCUCUACUCCCCCGAGAUCCGCCUGCCGUACCCCAACAUCAGGUGCUUCAACAACAUCUCCGAAUAUGAGAGCUUCCUCAAAGGAGGCCGCGGCAGAGCGAAGCCGCAGAACGUGGAGAAGAAGAGACGGAAGGCCCAGAAGGGCGUCGCGGACCCGGAGAGGAUCGAGAGGCUGAAAAAGCUUAUGGUGAACGCGGCGCCGGCGGAGGAGCAGGAGGAGGGCGAGCCGGGGGGUGGCGGCGCUAGCAGGAGGUCUGUUCGGAUGAGGAAGGCGCCCAAAAACGUCCUGACGAGGAUGCCGUUGCACACCGGAAGUCCGCUCGGCGAACUUUUCCGCUGCGUGCAGGAGAGGAUCCGGGUCAAAGUUCACAUCCGCACGUUCAAAGGGCUUCGCGGCGUCUGCUCGGGCUUCGUAGUGGCCUUCGACAAGUUCUGGAACUUGGCCAUGGUGGAUGUAGAUGAGACCUACAGGAAGCCGCUGCUGGGAGAAGCCAUUCACCAUGAGCGUGCGCUCACUGUCACCAGGCUGUUUGACAGGUUGAAACUGCAGGAAAGCCCAGAGUUCAGGUUGGCGCAACAGAAGCAAGCCGUCCUCAGGGACACGGAGGAAAAGACCCUGGCAUCUGAGACCUCCGUGCAGGAACCCAUCCCUACAGAUAAGCCGGGAGUGGGUGCGUUAACACCCCGCGGCCAGGGACCGAGGAUGGAGGAGGUCCGCAGCUCCACGUCUAAAGAAGGACACGGAAAGAUGUGCGCAUCCAAGGUGGAUUACCAGAUGGUGCACACACGACACAUAAACCAGCUAUUCAUCCGAGGUGAGAAUGUCCUUCUCAUCAAUUUACAGCCGUAGGAUCAGCCUCUCAGGAACACCAUGCUGCUGUUCAACGGAAUUUCAAUAAUAAGUGAGCUUCAGUAGUAAGUAUCACUACUGGAGAUACCCAGAAAUUUAAACAUUACAGAAAUAAAGUGAUAGAUGGUCUCAAGCAAUUUACCAAAGGCCUCCUGAUUUCAACAAACACAUAUUACCCAUGUAGGACACAUGUAUUGGUACACAGGUGGAUUUUGUUAUAAUGAACUGUGACACUGGUUGACAGUUUACACCAGGGUGCUCCUUAUGUUCUGUAGAGUAACAUGUUUGAUUUAAAUAGACUAUACACUGCUUACUUAUUGCAAGUUGGUACAGCUGAGGUGAUUUAGCCUUAUAGUAAGCGGCACAUCUUUUC